AUGCCUCCAAGUACGAGAUCACGGACGAACUUUGCUCGAGUGACCAGCAAUGUCCUCACAAGUGCACAGCUCUGGUCAAAUGGCUCCCAAACGUCGCGUAAUGGAGUUGUGAAAUGUGUCCCGAUGGACGCCGCCACUAACGAUGAAGGUGAAGUCGUUUUGACAUUAGCUGUAUUCCGGGGGAAUUCCGAGGAUCACAUCAAAGCUUUGGCUCAAGAAAUCAAAAAGGGCCUACAAGACUGGGAGAAAGACAUAUUCGACUUGAAAGAUCCUUUGGCGUUCAAUGAGAUGCUCAAACUACGGGGGGAUUCUGUCACGCUGCAACAUGCUCUCAGUGAUGCCAUGGGCAAAGCCUACCAGGUUUGCUGGGACGAUGAUAAUGCGCUCGUCAGCUCAAUCUUUCCUGAGUUCUACGUCGAAAUCGGAGUGACGAGGAAUGAGGGAAGUGAUGAGAUCCAACAGUAUAGCAGGAAAUUGGUGAUAACAAUAAGUAACGAUCGGUACCAUGAGAAUUUGGGGCCAGUUGGGGGAGCAAGUACAGAUGAGAGAACAUUCCACCCUCAGGGAGCUCCGCGGGUUCGCAAGAAAACCAUUAUGCCGCCAAGCACUCAUCCAGGUUCAGAAGAACCAGGUGAAUCUAGCUCGUUUGCAAUAGCAGAGUCUUCAGCGCCGAAUACCGUUCAAGUACCUAUCAAGGGAGAUUCCGACAGGGGUGUACACAAUUCCUCGUCUCCACAUCCCCUCACCUUUUCUAUGACUCCGAUGAUCCCGAUGAAUUUACACGGCUUCAAAGGACAAUCUACAACCUCGCCUCUGACGACUCCAAGGUUCGCUCCCUCCCAAGAUAACCCCCCGUUGUCCGGACACAUUAUCGAUUUCGGACCAAGGGGAGAAGUUUUACCUCACUAUACCCAAUUGUCCUUCCCUCCUACCUCCUCGGCAAUUCGCGACCAAACUCUCCAGCAGCGUGGAUAUAUGAGUUCAUAUGCUGGGCAGAGACCGAUAACACCGGAGUAUGGGACGCUGGAUCUGCCGAUCCGUGGAACGAAUUUCGCAACCUUCCCAGGCCGGUCGAAUACAAUGGACCCGGACGUACUAGGUAGUCUUUUGCCUUCCUUUUACACCUAA